CAAACGCGCUUGGGCUUCCGCUUCACUGCAACACGCCACCAGAUAGACUCAGCCACGCGCACUCAUUGCGAACAACGAAUUGGGUCGACGUGUCGGCAUGGUGCGCGACAUUUUUCUGUACAUUCUUUUAAUUGUUUUAUUUUGCCUGAUUUUCAUGGCGCAAUUACUGGUUAACGUUUACGCCUUUCAACGACAACCGCCCACCACGAAGUCAGAUCGCGCCGACAUUAGUUUUGUAUAAGCUACGAGCAGCACGUGACACAUGUGUUGCGCGGAGGUCGCGCGUUUGCAGAGAAUGGCGGCAGACGCCCUAGCCCGCGGCCAGUGGGCACAAACUG